CGAGGAGUGACAAAUCGAAAGUGGCGAAAUGAGACGAGGCCCAAGUGAAGUUUGCAGCAGCGAGACUCUUUGUGCACGAGCUUCGCGCCAUCUUUCCCUGCGAACGAGUAGUUGAACGUUGCCCGCCGAAGCGUACACGCGGUACAUUCAUCUCGACUUAAGUGAACGGAAACAACAUUUGUUGGCUGCACGCUGAAGCUCCUCGAGCUCGCUAGCUUAGCUUCGCUUAGCUCCCAAAGAAUUUAGAUCGCCGAGCGGAGAUCGAGUGUGAGUAUAAAGCGUCGGGAUCGUCGUGCGAAGAUGUGUGCAAAACGUGUGAAAGAAGAAGAGUCGGAGAAGGACCUUUGUCGGGCAGAAGAGGAGGAAGUUGAACGACUGGAGGCAGUUUGCGAGCAGCCUCGACUUGUGCGACUCGGAGCAGACGUCAGUGAAGAUCUUUGUCCUGAGCAGCUGGAGCCAGAAUCCCCCCACCUCAAAGAAGAGGAGGAGCCAGAGUGCUCCCACAUUAAAGAGGAGGAGCGAGAGCCCCCUCACAGUAACGAUGAAGACGAGUCUGAGCCCCCCUACAUUAAAGAAGAAGAGCAGGAGGAUGAUAUCACCAAGGUUCCAUUCAUUUGUGUCAUUGUGAAGAGUGAAGAAGGUGAUGGAGACCGCUGUGGAGGAUCCCAAUUGGACGACCUCUCAGCUCCACUAUCAGAUAGUGACGACAUCACUUCACACUCUUCUGACAAUGAUGAAGAUGAACGACACUCGAAAGGGGAGUUCAUCGGCUUGGACUACCUGUACGCCCAGACCGGCGCCGCGCUCCAUCCGGACCCCGGUCGUGACAAGAAGGGACAGGAUGAGGACCCGACUGCUUGGAUGGACAAGGUGGCGGAGGAAGAGGAGGAGGAGGAGCAGGAGGAGGACGACGGGGCGGUCGACGUGGAAGAUCCGGACGAAGGAGACCCGGAGUUCAUGGCCUUGUCUGAGUCCAUGAUGGAGUGCCAGGACAGGGACAGGGACAGGGACAGGACGCCUGCGCCCCCACCACCUCCAGACGCCCACGUAGAGGAUGACGUCCUCGGACCGGACGGACGCACAGGCUACCAGCACGUCUGCCGCCUGACGUCGGCGCUGGUGGAGCUGCGUCUGAGUCCCUUUGUCACUCAGUCGCAGGUGGCCAACAUCAGGGAUCUGUGGCUGAAGCUGGACUCCAGGGACAAGGCCCCCCUUACCCUUCCCACGCGGCACAAGGACAGGUUGUCCAAGGGCCGCUUCAAGACCUCGGCCAGAAAUCGCCACUCGACGGGCCUGGACAGUGCCAAACGUCUCGCCAUCGGAAAGGGCACGGAGGUGGCGCACUUCCCGAGUGUGAGCAGGUUGAUGGAGGCCAUUUUCAUCGAGCUGUGCCACAUCCACGCUCAGGGGCACAGCCUGGCCGGAAUCCGGAUGAGCCGAUGGGGGCUAGUGAUGCGUGACUUCGGGCGCAUCAAACAGAUCUGCAGGUCUGCGCAGCUGCUGGCCGCCGCUCCCAUCCAGCUGGUGGAGGUCAAUCACCGGACCCUUUCACAGUGGUACAAGCGGAGAAGCAAGGAGGAACUGGCCAGGGGCCUGUGCGUAGUGCUUCCGGCGCCCACCGCAGACCAGGUCGCAGCAGAGGCACUCCCACCGUCCAAGCCUUUACUGGAGAAGGCGGUGCAGCCCAGUAAAGGCCUGGAAUACCACCACCCGAACGACACCUCUGGUCUGGCAGUCACUCACAGAGGGCCUGUCCUGCUAGAGCUUUUUGCAGCGCGUGUGUCCGCUUCAUCCUCCUCCUCCUCCGUCUCCGCCGCCGCUGCUGCUGCUGCAUCCGCUUCGCUCUACUCCGCCACUGUCUCCGCUUCGUCCUCCUCCGCUACUGCUGCUGCUGCCGUGUCCGCUUCGUCCUCCUCCGCUGCUGCUGUGUCCGCUUCGUCCUCCCCUGCUGCUCGCAUACGGGAGCAUCAGAUACGGCCGCAUAUGGGCUUCGCCACUCCAAGUGUCAGCACCCCCCCUGGCAGCAGUGGUGGUCCCAAAAGGAGAAAUGCGACUCAACAUAAAUGCAAGCUUUGUGGAAACCCCAAGUCAAAAGCAUUUGGCCACAGCCGUUACAGGAACGAGCACUUUUGCUCUCAGUCGGCAGGGCGUUCGGUGGAAGACUGGCUCGCUGAGAAGAGGAGGGACGAGGCACAAUCAAAGACCCAACAUCAGUCCUUACGCCAUCUGCUGCCUCAACCUCCCAACGAUCGCCCCCCGCGCCCCCAACACCCAAUAGCAUCCGGCGUGGUGCGUGCUGUUGUCGUCGUCGCUUCUGACCACUUACGUGCCUCUUGUUUCCCGGGAUACAAUCAAGACUCUCUUGGGAUCCUAUCUGGUGUUGCCACCUCCUGAGGAGGAAGCCCCCAAACUUUUUACUUCCAUCCAAAUGUUCAGUGGCAUCUGACCUAUGCACAGA